UGAUAUCCCUCCGCGGCCCUUCUUUCCCUCCCGACACACAGGAGGUAAACGGGCGGCGGUGCUUCUUCCACACAGUGACGGUGCUUAACGGUCCCCGCGCCUUCAGAGAGACACAAACACCGCGCGAGCACCGGGGAAAACUCCCGCCUCUUUUUUUUAUCACCGACCGAACCUACCGGAAACUCUGACCUGAGGAGAGAAAGUAAUCCGGGCUGAGAGCGCGAAGAGAGAUCCGGGAGCAUGGAGCUCAUCACGAUCCUCGAGAAGACCGUCUCUCCAGAUCGCAAUGAACUGGAAGCGGCACAGAAGUUUCUGGAGCAGGCGGCGGUAGAGAACCUGCCCACGUUCUUGGUGGAGCUGUCGAAGGUGCUUGCGAACCCCGGGAACACCCAGGUGGCCCGGGUGGCUUCGGGUCUGCAGGUGAAGAACUCCCUGACCUCCAAAGACCCGGACGUGAAGACGCAGUACCAGCAGAGAUGGCUGGCCAUCGACGCCAACGCCCGCCGAGAGAUCAAGAACUACGUCCUACAGACCCUCGGCACAGAGACGUACCGGCCCAGCUCGGCGUCGCAGUGCGUAGCGGGGAUCGCCUGCGCAGAGAUCCCCGUCAACCAGUGGCCCGAGCUCAUCCCCCAGCUGGUGGCCAACGUGACGGACCCGUCCAGCACCGAGCACAUGAAGGAGUCCACGCUGGAGGCCAUCGGGUACAUCUGCCAGGACAUCGACCCCGAGCAGCUACAGGAAAACGCCAACCAGAUCCUGACGGCCAUCAUCCAGGGCAUGAGAAAGGAGGAGCCAAGCAACAACGUGAAGCUGGCCGCCACCAACGCCCUGCUCAACUCGCUGGAGUUCACCAAGGCCAACUUCGACAAGGAGACGGAGCGACACUUCAUCAUGCAGGUGGUGUGUGAGGCCACGCAGUGCCCUGACACCAGAGUGAGUCAAACUGUGCGCGUGGCGGCUCUACAGAACCUGGUGAAGAUCAUGUCUCUGUACUAUCAGUACAUGGAGACGUACAUGGGACCGGCUCUGUUUGCGAUCACCAUCGAGGCGAUGAAGAGUGACAUCGAUGAGGUGGCCCUGCAGGGCAUCGAGUUCUGGUCGAACGUGUGUGACGAGGAGAUGGACCUGGCCAUCGAGGCCUCAGAGGUCUGUGCCUCGGAGCAGGGCCGCCCCCCCGAGCACACCAGCAAGUUCUACGCCAAGGGGGCCCUGCAGUAUCUGGUCCCCAUCCUCACGCAGACCCUCACCAAACAGGACGAGAACGACGAUGACGAUGACUGGAACCCGUGCAAGGCGGCGGGGGUGUGCCUGAUGCUGCUGGCCACCUGCUGUGAGGACGACGUUGUCCCCCACGUGCUGCCCUUCAUUAAGGAGCACAUCAAAAACCUCGACUGGCGCUACCGGGAUGCUUCCGUCAUGGCCUUCGGGUCCAUCCUUGAGGGGCCCGAGCUCAAUCAGCUCAAACCACUCGCCAUACAGGCGAUGCCCACCCUGAUCGAGCUGAUGAAGGACCCCAGCGUCGUGGUGAGGGACACCGCGGCCUGGACGGUGGGCCGGAUCUGCGAGCUGCUACCUGAAGCUGCCAUCAACGAGGUGUACCUGGCUCCCCUGCUGCAGUGCCUCAUCGAGGGACUGGGGGCCGAGCCCAGGGUGGCCUCCAACGUCUGCUGGGCGUUCUCUUCCCUGGCUGAAGCAGCGUAUGAAGCCACCGAUGCAGCGGAGGACCAGGAGGAGCCGAGCACCUACUGCCUCUCCUCGUCCUUCGAGCUCAUCGUGCAGAAGCUGCUGGAGACCACUGACCGACCGGACGGUCACCAGAACAACCUGCGCUCGGCGGCGUACGAGGCUCUGAUGGAGAUCGUGAAGAACAGCGCGAAGGACUGCUACCCCGCGGUGCAGAAGACCACGCUUGUCAUCAUGGAGCGACUGCAGCAGGUCCUGCAGAUGGAGUCUCACAUCCAGAGCACCUCGGACCGGAUCCAGUUCAACGACCUGCAGUCGCUGCUCUGCGCCACGCUACAGAACGUGCUGCGGAAGGUGCAGCACCAGGACGCGCUGCAGAUCUCAGACGUCGUCAUGGCAUCGCUGUUGCGCAUGUUCCAGAGCACCGCCGGGUCGGGGGGGGUGCAGGAGGACGCUCUGAUGGCCGUGUCUACGCUGGUGGAAGUGCUGGGCAGCGACUUCCAGAAGUACAUGGACGCCUUUAAGCCCUUCCUGGGGAUCGGCCUGAAGAACUACGCAGAGUACCAGGUGUGUCUGGCGGCAGUGGGUCUGGUGUGUGACCUGUGCAGAGCUCUGAUGUCCAACAUCCUGCCGUUCUGUGACGAGAUCAUGCAGCUGCUGCUGGAGAACCUGGGGAACGAGAACGUACACCGGUCGGUGAAGCCUCAGAUCCUCUCGGCGUUCGGAGACAUCGCUCUGGCCAUCGGGGGAGAGUUUAAGAAGUACCUGGACAUCGUGCUCGACACGCUGCAGCAGGCAUCACAGGCGCAGGUGGACAAGACGGACUACGACAUGGUGGACUAUCUGAACGAGUUGAGGGAGGGCUGUCUGGAGGCGUACACCGGGAUCAUCCAGGGCCUGAAGGGGGACCAGGAGAACGUGCACCCGGACGUGAUGCUGGUACAGCCGCGGGUGGAGUUCAUCUUGUCCUUCAUCCACCACAUUGCUGAAGAUGAGGAUCACUCUGACGGAGUCGUGGCCAAUGCCGCUGGGCUCAUCGGGGACCUGUGCACGGCGUUCGGGAAAGACGUGAUGAAACUGGUGGAGCUGCGUCCGCUCAUCAACGACCUGCUGACGGAGGGCCGGCGAUCCAAGACCAACAAGACCAAGACCCUCGCAACCUGGGCCACCAAGGAGCUGAGGAAGCUCAAGAGCCAGGCCUGAGGGUCUUCGUCGGGGAGCGGAUGCUGAUCUUCUCUGAGACGCAGAAGAAAAAGAAGUCGAGUGACGUGAGACGAGUGUGUGAGAGCGAGAGAGACGUGUGAGCGAGAGAGACGAUGACAUCACACCUUCAGUUCCCCCCCUCCUUCCCCCCCAGACGGCCUGUGGACUGGACUCUGACUCCCCCCUCCUUCCUCCCCCCAAAUCAAAACGGACUCACCCUCCUCCUCCCACAAUCCACCUCUCUCGCUGCCGCCGGGCUCUCCCCCACGCUACCGCCCCCCCCCCCCCCGAGUGGGGGAGGAGAGGGGGAGGAGGGGACACCUAACGACGAAUAAAGACUUGAGUGGGAGAGGAACCGAGCGACUCUGGACUUCUGUGGAGACUUUAGAUUUUUGUUGCUCUUAUUUUUCUUCUUCUUUUUCUUCCGAGCACUUAAAGGCGGCGGCGGCCGAGACCCGGCCCCGGUGCGCCAGCCCCCGGUGUGCCACGCUCUUAUUGUCCCAACAGCACUAAAUUCCUACAAAAUAAAAGUCCUCCGAGCGAGUGCCAAAAGGAAAGCAGGAAGUGAGCGCUUCAGUUUGGUUUCCCGCUGCACCUGGUUUGGGAAAAGGGUCACUCACCGUUUUUGCUUGUUUAAAUUCAGAGAAUUGAAGACGUUUGUAUAAGGUUAUAUUUUUCCAUUGCUAUGAUGAAAAGUUAAAAACAAUAAAAUGAUAUGAAACAUUCCCCCCGCUGUCAUCUGUUGGACUCCGGGACCCUCGACGCCACACAGAACCAUGAUUCUUGUUUUUGUUUUUCUGUCGGACGUUCCUGCUGCCCGCCUCGCCCCGGCACUUCACCUCCUGUCCCACAGAAACCGGUGGGGGGGGGGGUCAGGAAGUGGAAAUACUCUCGCUGAGGGAAGUGUCCCCAGCCUCAGAGCUCUUAUUUUGUAGAGGUGUGGCAGCUGUGGGAGGACGCACUUCCUGUGAUGCACCUGGCUAAUCGAUCAUUUCUGAAUUGUGAAUCAUUUACAGCCAAUCUGCUUUUUAUUUCAUAUUCAACUUUAGUGAACUAAUAAAGUCUAUAUUGUA